GCAGUCGCUUCCACAGCCUGUCGCUCCACACCACUUUCGCUUUUCAACGACUAGGAAGAAGGAGAGGAACUAAUGAGCCGUGGCCUCCUCCAGCACAUGCCGACGCUGUUUCCGUCGCCGCCGUCGCCGCUCUCGAUCGACCUCGCCUGCCAGGACAUUGUCAGCGUCAUGCAAGGCCUCAAGCGCCAGCGCGCCGCGCUCCAAACCAAGCGUGCCCAGAUUCUCAUGAAGGAGCAGGAGGCGGCGACACCACUCGAAGUCCUUCCGCGCCUCUCGGCCGUACACGUCGAGCCCAAGAAGCGCAAGGCCGAGGCCGAGCUCCCGACAGCACCCAACGACAAGCUCGCCCGCCGCUACGUCAGCCGCAUGCCCAUGCAUGUCUAG